AUGCCCCAGGGCCGUGGCAGGCCUCGGUCUUCUGGUCUUCGCCCCUGCUCGCGCGGAACCCAUGCCUUUGUUUCCGGGUCUGGGGGGCUAACACAACUUGGCGGGCAGAGCCUGAACGAAGAGAAACAAUGUACUGUACGGUACGAAGUACACGAUGGCCGACGGCGGCAGCGAUGGGGGGAGGGCACACACGGGCAAGACGGCGAGUUUCGGCCCCGGGAGGCCGCACGGCUUGUUCCCUCCAGAGGCGCGCCCCAGACUGGGAGCGCGCGAAACGGGAAUAGCAGGACCGCUGGUGCCGCGCGGUUGGACGAGGCAAACAUGGAGCCCACGAUUGUUGGCCUCGACCGCCGCCAGAGCCCAGCAAGAUUUGGUGAAUGGUGCAUUACAGUAACGCACUCACACUCCUGGCUCGUCACACUGGUUCCCAGCUUUCCGGCCAGCUCAGAGCGCCGUAGCUAUCACAGGACCGACCACCCCAAAAAGUUCCCGGGUGGGGGGGCCAACACGCUCGGGGCUCGGGAGAAAGCAUGGCUCCGCGCGCCCAUGCACGAUCAUGGCCGUCCUCGGCAGGCCGCACGUGCGGUUGGGAUGAUGUCGUUCCAUUGCCGGGAACAAGAUCUCGCGGGCGCAGGUUGGCGAGCGAGUUUAUUAAGGUUGGAGCCGUGGAGCCUCAUAGGGCGCGAGAGGCGGACGUGCGUACGCCGAUCAGGGACACCGAGGAGGACGACGCGGCGCAAUUCGUCGGGUGGUGGGGAGGCUCACUUGGUGCGUGGUCCUGGCGCGACUAGGCCACGGCUAGACAUGGUGAUGUCUGUAGUAUGCGUGCGCCUGUUGGUUCCUGAUGCGAGCGAAUGCAUGGAUGGCCAGAGAUGGCCAUCCGCCGAUGGCCGCGAGCGGCAACACGCAGGUCCACGAGGCGUUGACAAGAGAACGAGGAUUGCUGAUCCGUUGGCGCCGUUUGUUGGUGUUGGCGUGGAGAUUGGCCAGCGUGUUGGGCGCGCGACGUGCUUGUUGUAUCGUGGCUUUGCGGCCGGGCUACCUGCAGUACUGUACUGGUACUGUACCUCGUUGCCAUCCAUGGUUGUCUGCCCAGAGCUCCAGACGGCGCAGCUGCCAACGAGUGCCAACGGGACUGUAGGCGGCAAUAGGAAACAUGGUGAGAAGGCGUCGUUUUUGGCCCCGGACGAUGUUCUGGUGCAUGAUUCGCGGCAAAGUCCGCUCCCAAGGGGACGACGAGGCAGACCCCUGGCUCUUCGUAUGGGACCCCAGGCGAGCUCGAGAUGCGAGAUGCGUCUCGUGAGGCAUCUCGCGCAAGAGGGUCGGGUGUUGGGACGGUAA